AUGUUCUCGCUUCGAAGCCUCACUAGCUUCGUCGCUCUUCCACCGCGGUCUAAGCCGUCGCGGACUUUGCGUCGUCGAUCAGUUCGUUGCCGUCUGACGGAGGCGGCAAGUUUUGCGCCUCUUGAUGUAGUCUCCGGAGAGUCGGAACGAGCGAUUGCUAGCUUGACUGAGCUUCAAAACGGCGGUGGCUGGAAGACUCCUGAAGAGGAGUUUCCCUCUGCGGAAGAUGGCGGAGAGGGACGUGAAGGCGGAGCUGGAGAUGACGAAUCGGAGGAAGAAGAGCGGAUUUCCAGUAUACAUGUUCCUCGUGAGAAAUACAUCAGUGUCUCCAAGUCUGAUCUCGUUGACGGCAUCGUAACGACGCUCCUCGAUUCCCAAGACGGAGACGCUGAUAUCUUUCUCCUCCUUGCCUCGUGCUUGGACUCUAUCCUUCACGCGGAGCACAAGAGGGUUUUAGAGCAAAUGAGAGCCGAUUUCGUCGCCACUCAAUCUCUGGAAGAAGUAAACAUUGGUGGUGACGAAGAAAGCUCUACUUCUUCAGGUAGAGAAACUGACUCAGAGGAGGAAGUUAAUUCGAAAGCCAAGAAAUCUGAACCCAGGAGUGUUAAUGGAUACGAGGGUUUAUCAAUCCCUUUGGCUGAUGGUUUCGACAUUUGGAACUUUCUGAUUUCCUCCGGCAAACAUGCAAAGAGACGUUCAGCUGAAAGUGUAAAUGCUGCAACGCGGUUCCAGCGUUCAUUCAUUCAGCUUCUCGACAAUGCUGGUUUUGAAGAGCUUUCAGCUAGGGAUUUGGCACUGACGUCGGCUCUUAACACUGAUUACCUUCUUACUUUGCCUGUCUACGUUGACUGGAAGAAGGCAUCAGAGUCCAAUGCUAUUGUUUUCAGGCGUGGAUAUGCAACUGAGAAGCAGAAGGGUUUGUUGCUUGUGGAGAAGCUAGACUAUAUCCAGUCUAUAGUUCUACGAGGAACCUUCUGGACCAUCUCAAAACCCCUGAGGAAAGUUGGGAAAUUGAUAAACAAGGCAUUAAAUGAGGCUUCUCAAACUCAAGAAAUUCAAGAUUUGUCAGAGAGGAUGAAAGUUUGGCUCAAGGAGCUGUCUCUUUUUAAGGAAUCAUAUCUAGAACGAGUCCAAACUUCUGAUAAAUUAUUGGAAAGGGAGAUCCGUUCAGAUUCAGUCCUCCCCAUGCGAUUAGCAGCACAAAGAGCAGUCAGUCGGUACGAGGGGCUUCUCACACCUGUUGGUCCUCGCGAGAAGCUCUUCAGAAAGUUGCUCACAUGGAUUGGUUUGAUUUCUCCGGGUUAUGAAAUGCCAUCUCAGCUGGCUAAUGAUACUAAUGCAUCUGAACCUUACUUGAGGCCGAUUUUCUUAUCAAGGAUGACGCUAGCUGAUAUAUGGAAACCUGCUUCAAAGAAAGUUUGCGGAAAUGAUAUCUGGAAAAGGAUAAAAACUUCGAUUUCCAUUCUUUUCUCACCGUCAACACUGCAGGAGCCUGCAUUUGAAGAACUGAUUUUGCUUUACACGAAGGAUGCGAAUGAAAAGGGCGAUAAAAAUAAAGAUGAAACCCGAUCAUCAUUACAAUUGGAGAUAUUUGAAAGAAUCCCAAUUCCAGAUUUACCUGUAAUUUUCCCUCACAGGAAGCUUUACUUUCGCAUCAUAGAUACAGUACGUCUGGAUAUCGCCAGUAUUUUGGGACUUACGGCGUACUUUGUGAACUACAAGUUUGAGAACAUCUCAUCAUCCCCAUCAGCACUAUUUCUUGAUGUGAUCGCCGUCACUGCUCUGGUAAUCUACGCAACACGUGUGGUUUUGGGUUACAAGCAGACAUGGGAUAGAUAUCAAUACAAGGAGGCUAUAUUGACAUAUGCAAUUAUUCUACAAGCAGGAAAGAAUCAGAACAUGUCUUACCAAGGAGUUGGAGAUAGAUGCGAGAGAUUCAUGUAUGACAUUUUCAAAAUAAAGGUUGAGAUGCGAGUAGAAAAGGCUAUAAGCACGUUGGUGAGACUAGGUCUAGUAACAGAGACACUGAUAGAUGGCGACACCAAGCUACAGGCUGUUCCUUGUGCUCAGGCUUAUGUUUCUCUCAAAGAACUGUGGAACAGUCUGCUUGGUUGA